UCCCCGCGUCAUCAUGAAUUUCUUCAGGUCAUCCAAGCCCAUAGAGCUCCCAAAGCACAAUUGCGUGCUCCCGCAUGCUCUUCGUGUUCCAUCUCUCGAGAAACUAGUCGGAAAGCGCGUCGUGUUGGCAUCAAACAGCCCACGCCGGAAAGAGAUCCUCCGCACGGUUGGCCUAGAGCCGGAGAUCGUGCCUUCUACCUUUGAGGAAGACCUGUCUCAUGGCCAAUUUGAAGACCUGCAUGAGUAUCCGGUAGCAACGGCUACGCACAAGGCCGUCGAAGUGUACCAGAGGCUAGUCAGCGAAAGCCCAGAGGACAGCCCUGAUCUGGUUAUCGCUGCCGACACGGUGGUCUUAACGCACCCACCGCCCGGCUUAGACUCCGUUCCUUUUGAACACGAGGGUUCUGUACACCAGGAAGUUCUGGAGAAGCCUUCAUCGAAGCAAGAUAACCUUCGCAUGCUUCUGGACCUUAACUGUGCCAUCUGCGAAGUGGUGACUGGAGUAUCCCUUGUGUAUCCGGUGCUUGAGGCGCCUGGCUACAAGAUCAAGUCGCUCGACGAGCGGACACUAGUGCACUUCGCUGACAACCCGAAAGAGCUCCUCGAGGCCUACGCCAACAGCGGGGAGGGCGUCGAUAGAGCUGGUGGAUUUGCCGUACAGGUUCCCAAGUGCGAGUGCUUAUGCUCCUCUAUACAGGGCCUUGGCGGGUUGUUGAUCCGCAAAGUCGAUGGUGACUAUCAGAAUGUUGUGGGUUUCCCAGUCGCGUCCUUCUUCAAGUUCUUGGAAGUUCUCUGUGAAGAGGAAGAUGACUUUCUGGAAGUGUAAUGAAUGUGGUUGAGCUGUGCUUCACCUUACUACAAACCCACGGUAUCUGCACCGCAUGUAUUCAAGCUAAUACAGUCGCAUAGUUCUACAAAGUUGUAAUACUACCUCCACUACAGAACUGGUGCAGCAACAUAUUCUGCGC